GAAAAGAUAUCAACAAAGACAGUUCAGCUCUGAGCAAAAGAGACGAACCACUCCUUCCGCUUCCGCUUCGCACCAAAGGUCGGAUCUUUCGCCUGAAGGGACCCGACCCGGAAGCCGCAUUGUCCGGCCAUGUCCCGCUCGCUGCGCCUCCCCCUCGACCCCGCCACGACCCGCCGAGCCGCUUCGCCUCGCCCCUCGCUCCGUCGUCUGCCACCCCAUUCCCUCGCCUUCCCUCCGUUCCCUCGCCGUCGACGCGGGUAUUCAGGGGAGCGGCGCGAGGUUUCCGGUGCCGGCGUCGCGCCGUUCUGGGUUCGGGUUAGAUUGAGCGGGGAGCGUGUUGGGGACGAGGAGGAGGUGGGCGACGGCGGCGGCGGCGAUGCCCGGUUCGUGGAGGUGAUUGGCGUUGGCAGCCGGAAGGACGCCGUUCUUGAUUUCUGCCUGGACUCGCCUUUUGGAUUCGAAUCCGUGCGUUUCUGGAAUAUUAUAAGGAAUGAUCCAACGAAGGUGCAACUACAGCAGCGGAUGCUUGACAAAGAUGCUUCUCCCAGUCUUGUGGAAGCUCCACAUAUCAUGCAGUCUUCUCCAAAGGCUAUAAUUCUUGUUGCUAGUGCAGGAUAUGGCUCGGAUCAUACUAUAGCCUGGGAUAUUCUGAGACAAGUCAAAUCAGCAAAUGGAUUUGCAGUUGCUGUUUUCCUGAAACCUUUCAGCUUUGAAGGAAGAAGGCGGCAAGAUGAGGUCAAAGAUUUGGUUGACAAACUUAAAGAGCUUACAACUUUUAGCAUAAAUAUUGACACUGACCUGCUCCUGCAAAAAGAUUUGGUUACGCUUGAUGAGGCUGUGAGAACGGCAAAUAAUGCAGUUCUCUUGGCUAUAAAUGCCAUCUCUAUUCUUACAUCUGAUGUCCACAAGAAGCAUUUAGACUUGACGCAGAACAGUAUGAAAGAACUGAAUAUUACUGAGGUCAUGAAAGUCCUGGAAAGAUGCAAAGAAGGAAAGAUUGGAUUUGGUAGUGGUUACAACAUUAAAAUGUCAAUUUUGCAAGCGAUAUAUGAUUGCCCAUUUCUUAGUCGUGGUUUCAAGGAUUUUAAUGGGAUGGUCAUAUGCAUCCUAACCAGUUCAGCUGGCAACCAACUCAAUCUAAAAGCCUUUCUAGAAACUUUUCGUCAAGUUACAGGAUACCAAAAGGAAGUUAUUGUUUCUGUGGUUCAGGAGCCUACUUUGGAGGCGAACGUGCUGGUAACAACAGUUGUUACUGUAGGUCAUGGAGAUCGGAACCCUCGGAAGAGCAGCAUACUGUCCAGACUAGCUCAAAGUUUCCCUUUUGUCUUCAAUCUUUUUGGAAAGCAACAACCACAAUUAAACGGAGGUCAGGGGAAAGGUUCAUUUGAAACUACAGAUCCUUCUCAAGUGACAAAUGUGCUAGACUUAGAUGACGAGCAAAGUGGUGUAGCUGUAAAUGGUAGAGGACAAGGAUCUGUGCUUGAUUCUGGAGAGCCUGAAUCAUCCGCCAAAAUAGAAAACAAUGAAAUCCAUUCAUCCAGAAGAUAUGAACAAGACGAAUUUCAAUUCUCAGAGAGCAAUGCAGAGUUGCAAAUUUUGGAUGGUCAACUUCCUGAAGGAAGUCCAUCCUUUCAAAGAGAGCCACUCAACUCUUGGAACUUCACACCUGGAUAUGAGGUGGCUCAGGAGUGGGCAAGAGAAAGGGCACAUGACUCUUCAAGUUCAAAGCUCAAUACCAUGAGCAUCUUUCAGCUUCCAGUUGGUGUAAAGCCUUCAAAUGAGCUGAAAGACAAUCAGAAUAUUGCAAAUUCAGUGCAAAAUGGAAUUCAGGAAAUUGAUAAUGUUGUGGAAGCCCAACCAAUUGAUGAUUCAAGUGCAUCUUCUUGGAGUGGGUUGGCUGAUGUAGGGUUUGGAGCAGUGAAGGAUUUUGCGUCAACGUUGAUACAGGGAAAACGUCCAGAUGUUCACCAGAAACAAGGAAAUCUUUCUGCUCGUGCAGCGUCGAUGUUGGAAGCUGAACGAUAUUCUCAAAAAACAUGGAAUCCUAACGUGGAGAUGAAAUAUAGAGGAGGUACCUACCGAGGACGAUGCCAGGGUGGUCUUCCUGAAGGAAAGGGCCGUCUGGUUCUCAGUGAUGGAAGCAUAUAUGAUGGUAUGUGGCGCUAUGGUAAGAGGUCUGGUUCUGGUACGUAUUGCUUCAGCAAUGGGGAUGUGUUCCAGGGAUCCUGGAGGGACGAUGUAAUGCAUGGAAAGGGGUGGUUUUAUUUUCACACCGGCGACCGAUGGUUUGCAAACUUUUGGAAGGGAAAGGCCAAUGGCGAAGGGCGCUUCUACACAAAAUCUGGUGAUGUUUGGUUUGGCCAGUUUGAAGAUGGAUGGCGACAUGGCCGUUUCCUGUGCAUUGUAGUUAAUGGAGACAGGUACGUUGAGAUCUGGGACCACGGUGUUCUGCUAAGCCGUGAGCAAUUAGAUUCCGAAAAUGAUGCUUUAUAGAGACGUGGGGAGCAGGAAGCGAGCAUGAAUUAAGGGAAAGUACUCGCAGCUGAAGCAGACCAAGACUUUCGGUUUGCUGUUUGGACAAGGAUCGAUGUCACAAGUUGGGGUCGAUGACAUAAGUUCAGCUCUUCCGUGACAUUUUCUCUUUAUCGAUCUCGUGUAGAGCAUGGAUUAUGACUGCCUCUGUUUAUUGAUAGAUGUAUUAAAGGGCGACUGAUGACCUGUACAAAAGUGACAACCGGCCGCCUGUACACUCAGAUAUCACAGCUGAAUUCAAGUUCCCCAAUACCCUUUCCCAUCGA